UAAAAGUACAGAGAGGAUCUGAGGUGCAGCUGUUGGCUCAGUUCAUCGUGAUCGUUUCUCGGGGAUACGGUUUUUACGAGGCCGGAAAUCGUUCGAAGAGAACGGCAAGAUGGCGGAAACAUCGCUCCGGAGGAAGACCAGGUCGGCAUCUAUCUGUGCCCCUGGAUUUUCCAGCAUGGAACAAGUGUUAGAGGCGAUGCCUCCCUCGGGUGCAAGAGAGAGGGAUAAAAUUGACAGAGAGAAGGACAGUGGUAGCGGAACUCCUGAUAGCAGUACACCGACCAGAAGGCGUAGACCAGCGACGAGGUCCCAGAGUGCUCGUGUUUCCGGUGCGAAUAAGAGUAUUCGCCGUCGAGCUGCUGCACAAGCUGCACACCAUCACCAUCACCACCAUGAAGGCACAGUUAAAUCUGCUCACUGCAGCAGCGAGCCCAGAUUGACUGACAACGAUAUCAGUCCUGGGCUGAGGAGACGGGGAAGUAGAAGAGGACAAAGUAUGCACCACAGUCAUCACAGAAAGAGCAAUGCAUUUUUGGACGUUCCUGACACUUCGUCUCAGAUGCCGCAGAGGGAAGAUGGCGAAGACGAGGACAGUUAUAGGCUCAGAAGCUUCAGUCUCACCAGCAAGGGCGUCGUCAACAGAGGCGAUUCCUUCAGAAGAAGAAGAUCAAGGUCGAACUCUCUGGCACCUGCGGAUCCGGAAAGCGAGGAAAAGCGUGUCGCGCCCGCGAAAGACGUUACCUCGUACGCGGUGGCGAUGCUGGGCGCAAGGGGUGUCGGAAAAACCGCCCUGAUCAGCCAAUUUAUGACCAGCGAAUGUAUAAACGCGUACGACAGACAGAGAGACGUACCCAGCGAGCAAUCUGUUUUCGUCAUGCUGAACGGCGAGGAGAGCGAGCUGAGAUUCCUGAGCAUCGCGAAUCCCAAGACGGAACUGGAGAAUAUACACCCGGAUGCCUUCGUUAUUAUGUAUUCCGUGAUUAGCAAGGCGUCGUUCCAGAGGGCUGAAGAGUAUCUCGAACGUCUUCACGACCAGGAUCUCCUCAGGGGAAAGCCGGCUAUAUUAGUCGGUAACAAAGUGGAUCUCGUUCGAUCCAGGGUGGUUUCUUCCCAAGAUGGCAAGUGCCUGGCGUGUACCUAUCGGGUGAAGUUCAUCGAGGUCUCGGUCGGGAUCAACCACAACGUGGACGACCUGCUUGUCGGCAUCCUGAACCAGAUACGGCUGAAGAACGUGCAGGGGAACGCGGAGAACCGUGCUGGAAACGGGGCCAGCGAAGGUAGUGGCCAUUGGUACAAAUCCAGGGGCGUGGUGCGUGUCAGCAUGAAGGCCAGACAGAUGUUGACCUGGCUGUUCGGUAAGGAGGACAGUAAAUUCAAGAACUGCGAGAAUCUUCACGUGCUCUAAACAGAGAGAAAGAAAGAGAAAGAGGAGAGAGAUAGAGUGAAAAAGGAAGAGAAAAAAGGGUGAAUCUCUCCCCGGCCGUACCUGACGGUAGAUUGUAAGGGCGGUGCUG